GCUAUUAACCAGGCAGGAGCUGGACCCUACAGUGACCUGGUAACCUGCAGAAUCCCCGCAUCUGUGCCUGACGCAGUCUCUACCCUCUCCGUGCUGGAGGAUGAGCACAUGGAUGCCUAUCAGCUCUCACCCUCGGUGUGCCUUGUACUCAACUGGGAAGAACCAUGCAAUAACGGAGCCGAGAUUACGUCGUACAACAUAGACCUGGGCGACAUCAGCAUUCCAGUAGGAAAUGUUACAACUUACGUUAUCGAUGAUUUGCUUCCAGAAACCUCAUACCGGAUCAGGAUCCAGGCUGUCAAUGAAAUUGGAGCUGGACCGUUUAGCCACUUUAUUAAAGCAAAAACCAGACCGUUACCACCCUUACCUCCUCGGUUAGAGUGUGCUGCAGCAGGUCCUCAGAGCCUGAAGCUGAAAUGGGGAGACAGCAGUUCCAAGCUGCACACUACCGACGACAUGGUCUACAUCUUGCAGAUAGAAGACAGAAAUAAAAGGUUUAUUCCGAUUUAUAGGGGACCGAGUCAUACGUACAAGAUACAAAGGCUGACAGAAUCCACAUGUUACUCGUUCAGAAUACAGGCGGUCAAUGAUGCUGGGGAGGGACCUUUCUCAGAAAUAUGUACCUUCUGUACAACUAAGUCAGUCCCACCUGCAAUCAAAGCCCCUCGAGUGACACAGUUGGGAGGAAACGCCUGUGAAAUUACCUGGGAAAUGGUCCCACCCAUGAAGGGAGAUCCUGUUGGUUAUGUUCUGCAGGUACUGGUUGGGAGAGAAUCCGAAUACAAGCAGGUGUACAAGGGAGAAGAGACCACAUUCCACAUCUCAGGCCUUCAAGUCAACACAGACUAUCGGUUUCGCGUCUGCGUCUGCCGCCGGUGCUUGGAUACCUCACAGGAACUUAGUGGACCUUUCAGCCCAUCCGUUGCCUUUAUGCUUCAGCGAAAUGAGAUCAUGCUUGCAGGAGAAAUGGGGAGCAUAGAUGAUCCUAAGAUAAAGAGCAUGAUUCCUACUGACGAACAGUUUGCAGCCCUCAUUGUUCUUGGCUUUGCAAGUUUGUCGAUUAUAUUCGCCUGUAUAUUACAAUACUUCUUUAUGAAGUAGAGAAUUCAAUGGAAGUUUGAGAUACAAAUUUAACUAAUGCUACGCAUUAUAAUCCACACAUUUAUUCAGAUAUUCCUUUUUUUUUUUAAAUCCUUUUGUUCUACCAUACAUUUUAUAUACUUCUCUUGUUUUUACAGUUCUAGCUUGAAGAAAGAUAAAUCAGUGUUUUGAUGCACCUUUUUGAAAUUCAAAACUAGGAAGUGGUCAAACUGGAGAAACAAGCAAACCAGAUACCAAAAGCAAGAUUUUUUUUUCCUUCACGGUUUCAAAAUUGUCACCAAUUUGCCUUUUCAAUGUUGUUUUGUUGGGUUUUUUUUUCACUGACGUUCUUACAGUCGCUUAUUUUAUCUUACUUUUUAGGAAACUUUAAUCAUGAGUCACUUUUCUGUCUCUUCUUUUUCCUCCUAAACAUUAGUCACAAGUGUGUAUAGUGGUAAAACUAGAAUACAGUGUUAGUCAACAGUACCAGGUUUUCCUUGAACAGUAUUAGCAAUGUUGCCUAUGAAUUAUUCACUACGUUUGCCCCAGUUUUUUCAAGAUAACACGUAAGUUGUUAUUUUAACUGUUUAGCGCAUUUAAAUCGGAAGAACAUCCUGCAGUCGAAAAACCUUUUUAAUUAUCUGUUAUUUUUACAGUUACUAUAAACUGCCUGUAUAAGAAAUCAAAUAACCAAACUGCAUAUAAAUUAUGAAGCAUUAUAGAUUUUUUUUUACCAUUUUGAUUCCUAGCAGUAAUUUUAAGUAAGAGGGCAUUGUGCAAUAGUUAGUUAUUCCCGUGUUCAGCUAUUUAAAAGCUGCUUUAAUUUGUCUGUUUGUCACUGUAUAUAACUAUUCCUAAUCUAAUACUAGAUACUAUUCUAUUAUGUUCAGCCUGAUUUAUAUGGUUAGAGCUGGUGACAGCUUACUGCCUCUACUGAAUUAGGUGAGAUUUACACUCAAUAUAAGCAAACUUUACUGUCAGUUGAUUUUUUAUUUUUUUUUUUUUUGGAGGGGUAUCCGUUUUAUGGAACUUUCUUGGAGGUAUCAGAAAUUUGAUCUGUUUAUUUUAAAUACCUUAAAUGGGUGUCUACGCUAUUCUUACCACAGGGGCUAAUUGAAGUAACUUGGUACGUGGCAAAAUUCAGACGAGAGUCCUGCAGAGGAAUAGUCCCUGCUCUGAUGGGAGCGUCCCCGCCUCCUGCCUGCCCCUUCCCCCCCACAUUUUAAUCCAUCAAGAUA